AUGGUACCAGCAGCAAGCACACCACAGCCGCCAAGACGUGAACGCCCGCGCCCGCCGCCGCCAGCCGUGGUGGAGGCAGAGCUACAAUGGAUCUACGUCGAAGAUGAGCUCGCACACGCGCCCUCGAUACUAGACGGGAUGGCAAUAGAGGAAGAGCGCAUGCUGCGGCGGAAAGGCGUCAACUUCAUCUUGCAGGUGGGCAUGAUGCUCAAACUGCCGCAGACGACCCUCAGCACAGCCGCCGUCUUUUUCAACCGGUACCUCAUGCGGUGCAGCUUGAAGCCGAAGCCCGGCUACAAACCACUCCAUCAUUAUCAAGUCGCUGCAACCGCCCUUUUUCUCGCCACCAAGGUCGAGGAGAACUGCCGUAAGAUGAAGGAACUCGUCGUAGCAUGUGUGCGCGUUGCGCUCAAGGACCCAAAUAAGCUGGUCGACGAACAGACCAAGGACUUCUGGAAGUGGCGCGACACAAUCCUGUACAGCGAGGACGUGGUGCUGGAGAGCCUGUGCUUCGAUCUGAAUGUUGAAUCGCCAUACAAGACCAUGUACGACAUGAUGAAGUACUACGGCGUUGAGCAUAAUAAGAAGCUGCGCAACUCCGCUUGGGCGUUCCUGGCCGACUCUGCUCUCACACAAAUGUGCCUCCUGUUUGACUCGAGGGCCAUCGCAGCGGCAUCGCUAUACUGCGGCGCUCGCAUGGCUGAGGUCACCCUGGAAGACGACGACGGCAAGCCAUGGUGGGAGGUCCAGCACGUCAAGCUGGGCGACAUCAGACGAGCCUGCAACCUCAUGGCAGACAUAUACGAGAGAUCGCCUGACAAGGACGAAGACAUGAAUAAGUAUUCUGGGCUAAGAACACCUGAAGACGGCAUCGACUUUGGCGACACACCACGGAGCAUGGAGGGUGUGCAAAUGACCGGGCAGGACUCGAGUCAAAAUCAGUCCUUUGCAAACGGCGCCGGCAACGCGACUGAGCGAGGUAGCGAGGAGGGCGAGUUAGACGGCUAG